GCGUCGUGUUCUCUGGUAGUCUGCUGCGGGACCAGGACAGACAGCUGAGGGGGGCCUGAAUGUCCAACCGGGACAGUCGCCGGACUACCGCGAAUUCACACGCACGAUUCACCGGGUCUUCACAGUUGACUGAUGAGCAGCCAGUAGGACGGGGGUUGGGCUACAUCGACUGGCACAGAGGGCCAGCAGUGCCAGACAAGACGACUGGAGGACAGAAGACGUAGUUGCAGAACUGCUGGUGGUUUACUAGUGGUUAGCCGUAGCAUACUUGUGGCAUAAGGAGAUAGACGGAGGGCUUUGGCGAUGGUCACAGCUAUGGACGAUGCCUGUCCCAAUGGGGUACGAGAGGAGGAGGAGGAGUUGAUGUCCCCGGGACAGCCUGGCGUGGAGGGACCCCCGGUCCUGCAGUCCAGUCAGGAGCCAAAUACAUCUGGAGCCAUGCAGCAGGUGUUGGAUAACGUAGCAGAGCUUCCCACCUCAACGGGCGCCAAAGACAUCGACCUGCUCUUCCUGCGUGGCAUCAUGGAAAGUCCUGUGGCUCACGAGCAGCUGGAGGAGGUGAAGCUGGAGGCGGUGCAGGACAACAACGUGGAGCUUGUGACGGAAAUCCUGGGUGACAUCGGCAACCUCAAGGUGAAAGAUGACAGCGCGGCAGAACUGUCCAGGAUCCUCAAGGAGCCACACUUCCAGUCUCUUUUGGAGGCACAUGACAUGGUUGCCUCCAAGUGCUAUGAAGUCCCGCCCCCGACCGAGAUACCCAAUGAUGCAGCUGUGAACAGCGCUCUAAUGCAGGCUGAUGCCGUGCGCAUGAUUGGCAUCCGAAAGAAGGCCGGAGAGCCACUGGGUGUGACGUUUCGUGUGGAAAAGGAAGACCUGGUCAUUGCUCGAAUCCUCCAUGGCGGCAUGAUCGACAGGCAGGGUCUGCUGCAUGUGGGCGACAUCAUAAAGGAAGUGAACGGGAAGGAUGUGGGCAACAACCCCACCGAGCUGCAGGAGAUGCUCAAAGAUUGCAGCGGAGGGAUCACACUGAAAAUACUCCCGAGCUACAGAGACGCUCCAGCACCUCCCCAGGUCUAUGUGCGGCCAUACUUUGACUACGAUCCGGCCAAUGACAACCUGAUCCCUUGCAGAGAGGCAGGAAUGGCCUUUAAGAGAGGCGACAUCCUUCAGAUUGUCAACAGAGAGGAUCCAAACUGGUGGCAGGCGUGCCAUGUGGUCGGAGGGGCUACAGGACUGAUCCCUAGUCAGUUCUUGGAAGAGAAAAGGAAAGCUUUUGUCCCUCGGGACUUUGAUGGAUCAGGGAUCCUUUGUGGAACUAUAAGUGGGAAAAAGAAGAAGAAGAUGAUGUACCUGACCGCUAAGAAUGCAGAGUUUGACAGACAUGAGCUGCAGAUCUAUGAGGAAGUCGCAAAAGUGCCAGCGUUCCAGAGAAAGACGCUUGUUCUGAUCGGCGCUCAGGGCGUGGGCCGACGCAGCCUUAAGAACCGGCUGAUGGUCCUCCAUCCCACACGCUUUGGCACCACCAUACCCUACACUUCCCGACGGCCCCGUGAUGAGGAGCUGGACGGCAACUCCUACCACUUCACCACGCGGACAGAGAUGGAGGCGGAUGUGAAGGCAGGGCGUUUUCUGGAGCACGGCGAGUAUGACGGCAACCUGUACGGCACCAAAAUCGAGUCCAUCCAUGAGGUGGUGGGAACUGGACGCACCUGCAUCCUAGACGUCAACCCACAAGCUCUGAAGGUGCUGAAAACAGCAGAGUUCAUGCCUUACGUGGUGUUCAUUGCAGCUCCAGAUUUUGAUACUCUUAAGGGCAUGCACAAAGCCGUAGUGGAUGCAGGCAUCACCACCAAGCAGCUCACGGACGUGGACCUGAGGAAGACUGUGGACGAGAGCGCCCGCAUCCAGAGGGCGUACAACCACUACUUUGACCUGACAAUAGUCAACGACAACCUGGACAAGGCGUUCGAGACGUUACAGGCGGCCGUGGACACACUGUGCAACGAGCCCCAGUGGGUCCCUGUGAACUGGGUUUACUGAGGACCAACUGCGGCGCUCCCACUGACCACUCUGAGCGGGUCACAUGACCCACCAGCGUGUGCGUGUGUGUGUUUCCUACCACAAAGGCCAAAGAAGAGAAGAAGAAAUGCUAACUAAUAAAAAAAUGAAAAUUAAAAAAAAAAAAAUCACCCAUAAUUGCUUUUCUUCUUCUCGGGCCUGGAGCAGUGCAACUUUUUUAUUCUGAAAAAACUGAAAGGGAAAGAGUGCUUAUUUAUUUUAUAACUUUUUAUGAAAGAUCUUUCUAUUCAAUGUGGAAUUCCAGUGAGAAGAAAACAAAAAAAAUCUGGCCACCUUACGAGGGGCCAUAUUUUUGCAUUAAUUUAUUGUUGUAGUUUAAUGUUGUAGCUCUUUCCGUUGAUUGAUUUCAAGUAUGUGUCAGUUUUUAAUCUCCACGGACAUCCAGGAUUCAUGAUCCCGAUCCAAGCUUCAAUAAGAAGACGAGGAAAAAGAGAUGGAUUAGAGGAAGUCUGAGCAGUCAUUGUCCAAGAAACUAAGAGCUCUAAAUGUCUGAAAUCGAUGUAGCAGUUUUAUUUUUGCGUCCAUAAAACCUUUUCCUUUAGUUUGGAAGUAGCAGACCCGUACAUUUUUCUAUCAGCGUCCUGUCCAGGAUAAACUUUGCAGAAAGAAAGCGGUUGAAAGGCUCAUAAGCGCACAACUCCCUCAGUAUGUAACGAGAAUCAUCUUUAUCAUGUAUGUUUCAGGAUCAAACACUGUGUCUGCUUAUUCAGUUUUGUUUUUCUCAUUCUAGUUUUCCCAUCAGUGUGGUGGUGAAUAGUGUUUAGUGUUUGUCACACAUGCUCAUUUGAUUUGUUUUCAUUUGAUUCACUAUCCUGUUACCAGCCUGUCUGUGUCUGUCUGGAGUCGACUGUCAACAUUAGCCGGUGAAUGUUUAAUAUUUGUGAGUGUGGCACAAACCUGCUCCCUCUUUCUGUUCUGGAUCUUCACUGUUGCAUCAUGCCAAAGCCCCGAUCCAACUCCAAAAAGAAUUCAUUCAUGUUAAACCUGAUUGGGAUUCUAACUGUAGGCAGUUAUAAAUGAAUGAUUUCACACCCAACAUUGGAUUUGAUAGCAAAGCCAAAGGAUGAAACUAAAAGCACUAUUGUUGGAGCUUGGAACAAAAAUAGUGAAAGAAUUCCAUUUAUUUGUUCUGAAAGCUGAACUUGAGGACACAACAUUUUCAAACCCUGGUAGAUGACCUUCUGUGGAUAUUGUUUGCGUUCUAUAUUUAUAUCAUGUGAGAAACUCGCUGUGCCACAUGUCAGAGAACAACCCUGCUGUCUGUUUUCACAUCAACCUCAUGUCUACAAAUGUUUUUACAUUUUUAUCAGAGAAAUAAACUUUAACAAACCUGA